CAGCCGCAGUCGCAGCCGCAGCAGCAGCAGCUGAAACGUUGCUGCAUGGGAGCCCGGGAGGAAGGCUUCCCCCGGCAGGAAGCGGCCCAGCAGGGGGGAAGGGGGUGUCGGGGGGAAGUGGAGCCUCUGUAGAGGCUCUCAUCCCGGGGCUGGGAAGGGAGAGUCUCGCCAGGGCCUGCAGGCUUCCUCCCCGGCUCCGGCCCGCGGCUGGGGGUGGGGUGGGGUGGUCAUGGACAGAGCUCGCGCGGGCUGGCUCCAGUGAUGCUCUUCUAGGUCGGCCCGGCCCCCGAGCCUCCAUCUGGCUCCCAGGCCACGGGCGGCAUGGCCUCGGGAGCCGGCCCGGCCCUCGAAGACCUCCCCCACGACGGCACGUGCGACGCCUGUGAGCCCGACGAGGCCGAGCGGGCGGUGCAGCUCUGCGACAGCUGCGGCUUCUGCUACUGCCAGCCCCACGCCCGCGAGCACCGCCAGAGGUACCGCAGCCACCGGCUGUGGGACUACGGGGGUCCCGACGGCGGCCGCGAGGAGCCCGAGAAGCUGGAGAGGAAGAAGUGCUCCGAGCACGGCCAGGAGCUGAGCCUCUACUGCAAGGAAGACGAGCAGAUCAUCUGCACGCUGUGCGCAGUGGCGGGCGCCCACCAGCAGCACCCCCUCAGCACCUUGGACGAAGCCUACGAGAUCAUGAGGAAUAGAGAACCGGUGGAUCUGAAGGUGGCCAUGUUAGAGAUGGUGGAGAGGCUGAAAUUCAAGUGCGGGGACCCCAGAGUGAGCCGGAGCGAGAUGAAGAUCUGUAUCCAGCAGGAGUUUGACAAGGUUCGGAAGCAGGUCUGUGAGGAGGAGCGCAAGGCUCUUCACCUAGUAGACCUCCAGGAAGCCGUGGCCACCGCUCAUGUGACAGAGGUCCUGGCAGAAAUCCACGUCCACAUGGAGAAGUUGAUGGCUGAGAUGGCAGAGAUCAGACACCAGCUCGACGCCUUCAAUGAACUGGCUUCCAUGAAAUCAGAGAUCAGAGAUGAAGAAUUCAGACUCAAUCCUUUCCCAGCCAUCCCUCCAAACCGAGGGUCUCAUAGGUAUGACGAUGAUGAUCCUUCAUCAGCCAACGGACCCUUCUGAAAGGUGGACACCAUUGUUUUGCUGGAUGGAAGAGAGCCUUGUCAGGAAAACCCCUCUCCACUCAGCCUACUAAACAGGAAAACAUACAGAAGAGAAAAAAAAAAACAAAAAAACAAUGAAUGCUUGCUUGUUUGUGGCAGCAGCAACACAAAGUCCUCCGUUCUUCGUGUGUAUGUGAAUGUGUGUGUGUUUUCACCCUCCUGCUUUUCCAUGAACUUUCCAACAAGAGCUGCAUCCCCAGCCCUGCCACCAGACAUGCAUCUCACCCAGGCUCUGGUCUUCUGUCUGCCAUGUGCCCUCCAUUUGGGUCACAGUGGGCAUCAGGAGUAGUUCUGUGCCAGGGCCCUGGGUGGAAGAGUCCUUUGUGAAAUCUCUGAGAAGCAAGCUGGCUCUGACUCAAGAAAGGCUGUUCUCUAGAUGCAAGAAGAACCCAGCAGAAUCCAAAGCUAUCAGAGGUGGGCAGGGGGUUCAUUUCUCCCUGCCUGCCAACAAGAGAAAAAUCCACUUUGGUUCCAUUGCAUCAGGACAAAGUUGGAACCAGUCAUGGAGUCCGGGUACUGACGCUCCCCAAAAGUUUGACUCUGGUGUCUUGAAGGGGUGUGGCCAUUAAUUAAGAUGGAUGCCUUUGCAAUGAAGGAAAGAAAUAGCCAUGUGAGUCUGAAAGAUGCCCAAGUGUUUUCAUUGAUAGUUAGCCAGGACUUUGGUUUCUUAAUUCUGUCCUGGGAGAUUAACCCUUGACUUUGGGGAAAGUUUGCUUCAGCUGACUGACACGCUAAUUGUCCAAGUCCUCAAGGUCAUCUCCUGAAGGUUCUUAGACCCAUUUUGUCAGAGCCUGGCUUCUCUUGGGAAUUCUGUAUGUUCCCAUAUUACUCAUGACCAUAAAAAGGCCAGAAUAGUCAUGAAAAUCAAGUGGUAGCUUUGGCGGGGGAUUCUGUACUCCUUGUUUAAAAAUGAGUAAGCUCCUUGUAUCCAAGUGACGUGUUGAGUUGAUUUUCCUCCCAAAUUUAUGGUUUUCUGCCAUCUCAUAACUCCUAGAAGAUAGCCAUCCUUUAAGUCCUUUCUACCCAGAAACCUCUAAGGUAUUUCCAGCACCCUCCCUUCUCACAGAGAAUCACGGACAACCAGAGAAGGACUAGAAGUCGGUUUCUUUGCCCAUCUUGGUCUGCAAGCUCACCUUCCUUUGCAAGCUCUGCUCUUUGGGACACAGCACCAUCAAGUUUCCUUCUGACUCCUGAAGCCAGAACCAAAGAAAAAAGCCUGAUCCCUGAGGAUGGAAGCCCCAGUAGACCUGCUGUCUUGUAGCUUGGUGGUUUUCUGCUCUGGGGUGAGGGAGCUGGGAGACUUAAGGGGGUGGGUGGGCAAUGGUUUGCUGCAACUGGUACCCAGAGAUGAAAAUGGAAUUUGUUUUCUCUUGAAAUUCUGAUUUUUGCUGUUGAA